AACCGAAUAAGGGGAAGGUUCCGAAGCUUCCACUGCGGUUGUUGGGCUCGGCAUCGGCAAAGUUUGAGAAAUCCACUGUACAGAGAAAGAGAAACUCGGAUGCUCACCAGAACCCGACCCGCCCGGCCGUGAGUUCUCAGGUCGGCGGCGUAGUUUCUACUUUGAAUUCUAGCUUCGGAAACAUCCAACGUUUAUCUGCAAUUACGGCCGAGAUCCCACGCACUUCAUCAAUGUUCUUUUGUGUUAGGGGUUGAAUGAGUUAUGGAAGAAACCUCUCUCACCAAUGAGUAUUCACCUCACGUGGAACACAGUGAAAUUCAUAAAGAUGGAGAUGGAGAUGAAGAUGCUCCAAUUUCAGAGUUAGAUGGCCAUAAUGGAAGAAAAGAAUUUGUUCAACCUGCUGUUGGAAUGGAAUUCGAGUCAUAUGAGGAUGCUUAUAAUUACUAUAAUUGCUAUGCUAAGGAAGUGGGUUUUCGUGUUAGAGUGAAGAAUUCAUGGUUUAAGCGGAAUAGUAGGGAAAAGUAUGGUGCGGUGCUUUGCUGCAGCAGCCAAGGUUUCAAAAGAAUUAAAGAUGUUAACCGAUUAAGAAAGGAUACCAGAACUGGUUGUCCUGCAAUGUUAAGGAUGAGGCUAGUGGACUCACAAAGAUGGAGGGUUCUUGAAGUUACACUUGAGCACAACCAUUUAUUAGGUUCUAAGAUAUACAAAUCGAUGAAGAAGGCGAAUGGUCCACCUAAAAGGAAGACACAAUUGAGUUCUGAUGCCGGAGAUCGAACUAUCAAAUUGUAUCGAGCACUUGUGAUAGAUGCAGGUAGUAGUGGGACCGCAGAUGUUAAUGCUAAAAAAGUCCGAAUUUUUCCUGAUCAUUCAAAUCAUUUGAACCUUAAAAAAGGUGAUUYGCAAGCCAUUUAUAACUACCUAUGUCGUAUGCAGUUGACUAACCCAAACUUCUACUACUUGAUGGAUCUCAACGAUGAAGGGCGCCUGCGCAAUGUAAUUUGGGUCGAUGCUCGGUCAAGAGCUGCAUGUGCUUUUUUUGGUGAUGUUGUUUGCUUUGACAACUCAUAUUUGUCUAAUAAAUACGAGAUUCCGCUUGUGGCCUUUGUUGGAAUAAAUCACCAUGGUCAGUCAGUGCUGCUUGGUUGUGGCCUCUUGGCUGGUGAGACAACAGAGUCUUAUACUUGGUUAUUUAAAGCCUGGCUGUCAUGUAUGUCUGGCCGCUCUCCUCAAACAAUUAUUACGGAUAGGUGCAAUCAUUUGCUAGCUGCAAUUGCAGAGGUAUUUCCGAAGUCUCAACAUCGCUUUGGUUUGUCGUGCAUCAUGAAGAAAGUACCUGAAAAAUUGGGAGGAUUGCGCAAUUAUGAUGCCAUCAGGAAGGCAUUUAAUAAAGCAGUUUAUGAAACUCUGAAAGUGAUUGAAUUUGACUCUGCUUGGGGAUUCAUGAUUCAGCGCUUUGCAAUUGGCGAUCAUGAAUGGCUUAGAUCUCUGUUUGAAGACCGAGGUCGGUGGGCUCCCGUUUAUCUGAAAGACACAUUUUUUGCUGGAAUUUCUGCCAUGCGUCAAGGGGAGAAGCAAAAUCCCUUCUUUGAUAGGUAUGUUCACAAACAAACGCCGUUGAAAGAAUUUCUUGACAAGUAUGAACUGGCUUUACAAAAGAACCACAAGGAAGAAGCCUUUUCUGAUAUCGAAUCAAGAAACUCUUUUCCCACUUUAAAAACAARAUGUUCUUUUGAGUUGCAGCUCUCCAAAGUAUUCACAAGAGAAAUAUUCACGAGAUUCCAAUUCGAAGUUGAAGAAAUGUAUUCAUGCUUCAGCACAACACAGUUGCAAGUUGACGGACCAUUGAUCAUAUUCUUGGUGAAGGAACGUGUAGUGGUCGAGGGUAACAGGAGGGAGAUUCGAGAAUACGAGGUCCUUUACAACAGAACAGCGGGUGAAGUUCGUUGUAUAUGCAGUUGCUUUAACUUCUAUGGAUAUCUAUGUCGCCACGCAUUGUGUGUUCUUAACUUCAAUGGGGUCGAGGAGAUCCCUUCUAAGUACAUUUUAUCGCGAUGGAAAAAGGAUUAUAAGCGAUUGUAUGUUCCAGAUUACGAAACCAACCUUGCAGAUGUUCCGGACCGUGUGCAAUGGUUCAAUCAGUUGUACAAAUGUGCUUUACAAGUUGUAGAAGAAGGGGUGAUUUCUCUGGACCAUUACAAGGCUGCAUUGCAAGCUUUUGAGGAAUCGUUGAGUAGGGUUCAUGAAGUAGAAGACAAGCAUGAAUAACUGRAUAACUGAGAGCCUCGGCUCGGUCUAAAUUACGUGCUCURUUGAGAUAGGAGUAGUUUUUGUUAAGCAUCGAUACAAAAGAAUUUACUGUGAAUUAGUGUAAAAAGUCUUCUUUUCUCUUUUGUGAAUCUGGUGCUUGUUUUAAAUCUUCUCCAUGAAGUUGAAGAUAUUAAAAGUUGGAAGAAUGGGGGAGACUUGAAUAAAGGGGGCUUAAUUAUUGGAA